CGCACGCAGCUCCCUCAGUGAAAGAAAGAAACGAAAAAAAAAAAAAACCCACACACUCUCAUACACACACACACACACAGGGGAGAAAGCAUGAAGAGCAGCGAGGCACCGAGGGGCUCAUUUUCAUCUGCAGAGGACUGAGUGAAGCCGCAGGAUGGCGGGGGGGCGCAGGGGACUUGUGGCCCCCCAGAAUACUUUUUUGGAGAAUAUUGUGAGACGGUCGAACGACACCAACUUUGUCCUGGGCAAUGCUCAGAUAGUGGACUGGCCCAUCGUCUACAGCAACGAUGGCUUCUGCAAGUUGUCAGGGUACCACAGGGCGGAGGUGAUGCAGAAAAGCAGCACCUGCAGCUUCAUGUACGGGGAGCUCACCGACAAGGACACGACGGAAAAAGUCCGACUCACGUUUGAGAAUUACGAGAUGAACUCAUUUGAAAUCCUGAUGUACAAGAAGAACAGGACGCCGGUUUGGUUUUUUGUGAAGAUUGCUCCCAUUCGAAACGAACAAGAGAAAGUGGUUCUGUUCCUCUGCACGUUCAGCGACAUCACGGCCUUCAAGCAGCCCAUUGAGGAUGAUUCUUCCAAAGGUUGGGGGAAGUUUGCCCGAUUGACUCGAGCGCUAACAAGCAGCAGGGGAGUCUUACAGCAGCUACAACCUACAGUUCAUAAAGGAGAGAAUGUCCAUAAGCACUCUCGUCUCGCUGAGGUGCUGCAGCUUGGCUCUGACAUCCUACCUCAGUACAAACAGGAGACCCCCAAGACCCCUCCUCACAUCAUCCUGCACUACUGCCUCUUUAAGACCACCUGGGACUGGGUCAUCCUCAUCCUCACCUUUUACACGGCCAUCAUGGUGCCCUACAACGUCUCCUUCAAGACGAAGCAGAACAACGUGGCCUGGCUGGUGGUGGACAGCAUCGUGGACGUCAUCUUCCUGGUGGACAUCGUCUUGAACUUUCACACCACGUUCGUGGGGCCCGCUGGCGAGGUCAUCUCGGACCCCAAGCUGAUUCGCAUGAACUACCUGAAGACCUGGUUUGUGAUCGACCUGCUCUCCUGCCUGCCCUAUGAUGUCAUCAAUGCCUUCGAGAACGUGGACGAGAAUUGGAACCACCGAGCUGUCACCCAAGGGAUCAGCAGUCUGUUCAGCUCUCUUAAGGUAGUCCGGCUCCUCCGUUUGGGUCGGGUCGCCCGUAAAUUGGACCACUACAUCGAAUACGGGGCGGCCGUCCUGGUGCUGCUGGUCUGUGUUUUUGGACUGGCAGCACACUGGUUGGCCUGCAUCUGGUAUAGCAUUGGAGACUACGAGGUGAUUGAUGAAGAAACCAAUGUUGUCCGCAUGGACAGCUGGCUCUACAUCCUGGCCGAGGCGAUGGGAAGGCCCUACCGCUUCAACACCACCGGUUCGGGGAAGUGGGAGGGUGGGCCCAACAAAGACUCGGUCUACAUCACCUCCCUGUACUUCACCAUGACCAGCCUGACCAGCAUCGGCUUUGGCAACAUCGCUCCGACGACGGAUGGGGAGAAAAUCUUCGCUGUGGCCAUGAUGAUGAUUGGAUCCCUUCUGUACGCCACCAUCUUUGGUAACGUGACAACCAUCUUCCAGCAGAUGUAUGCCAACACUAAUCGCUACCAUGAGAUGCUCAACAGUGUCCGGGACUUCCUUAAACUCUAUCAGGUCCCCAAAGGCUUGAGUGAAAGAGUUAUGGACUAUAUCGCCUCUACCUGGUCCAUGUCCCGGGGCAUAGACACUGAAAAGGUGUUGCAGAUUUGUCCAAAGGACAUGAGAGCAGAUAUUUGUGUUCACCUGAACCGCAAAGUUUUCAAAGAGCAUCCGGCGUUCCGACUGGCCAGCGACGGAUGUCUCAGGGCCCUGGCUAUGGAGUUUCAGACGAUCCACUGCGCUCCUGGGGACUUGAUCUACCACGCCGGCGAAAGUGUGGACAGCCUCUGUUUUGUGGUGUCUGGUUCCUUGGAAGUCAUUCAGGAUGAUGAGGUGGUGGCUAUUUUAGGUAAAGGAGAUGUGUUUGGGGACGUUUUCUGGAAGGAGGUGACUCUGGCUCAGGCCUGCGCGAACGUCAGAGCGCUGACCUACUGCGACCUCCACGUCAUUAAGCGCGACGCCCUGCAGAAGGUCCUGGAGUUCUACACGGCGUUCGCCAACCACUUCUCCAGGAACCUGCUGCUCACUUACAACCUGAGAAAAAGGAUUGUCUUCCGGAAGAUCAGCGAUGUGAAGCGUGAGGAGGAGGAGCGGCAGCGUCGUAAGAACGAAGCGCCUCUGAACCUGCCUCCGGAUCAUCCGGUACGGAAACUCUUCCAGCGCUUCCGGCAGCAGAAGGAAGCCCGCAUGGCAACCCAGAAACAGGAACUCAACGAACAGGACGUCGAGAAGGGCCCAGUUUACGUGGACGUGUCGAUGGUGAAAGCUCCUGUUACGACUACCAGCAUCGUCACGGUGACAGAAAGCCCAGCAACACCGUCCUCCUCCGCCCCUUCACCGUCAACACCAACCAGCUGCCCCCCCACGGACAAGGCAAAGCUGCAGGUGCCUUCAGCAGUUGCUCUGGCGGCGUGCCGACCCACAGAACCGGUCAAAGUCAAAGGCUGGGGCCGCUUCAAGGAGUCCAUGACCAAAGCCGACAACUGGAACAAGGUGGCCAAAGCCGAGUCCAUGGAGACUUUACCCGAGAGGACCACCGAGCGUGAGCCGCACACCACCCUCAAGAAGACGGAUUCGUGCGACAGCGGGAUCACCAAAAGUGACCUACGCCUGGACAAAGUGGGCGAGUUCCGCAUGACUCCUCAGGACCGCAGUCCCGCCCAGCCUCCCGAAACCAGGCAUGCCUUCUACCCCAUCCCGGAGCAGACUCUCCAGGCCUCGCUUCAGGAGCUCAAGAUGGAGCUGAAGGAGGACAUCAAGAACCUGGGUGCGCGAAUGUCCGGCCUGGAGGCGCAGCUCGCCGAAGUGCUCACACUCCUCAGAGCCAGAAAGUCCAGCACCGGCUCGGAGCAGCCACUUUUUGACAUUUCGAGGCCUACCUCGCCGGAACUGGACAAGGAGGACAUUUUUUCAUGAGGAACAGAAGCGGUUGUCAGGUUAAUGGCAGUCCGUGAGCUCAGCUGGAAUCCAGUAACGUUGAGGUUGCUUGGAUAGCUGAGGCGGCGCACGGCACUCCAUCCGCAAUAGGCGCGGUCUGAGAGACCCACCGACCUUAACACAAGGUGUGCCUGCUGGUUAACGCGGUUACGGUGUGUUCGUAGCACUCAACGCUUGAAGGUUAUGUAACAAAUGACAGAAAAAUGUUUGUACAUAAUUUAUUUUUCCACUGUGCCAUGUUGGGGGGAUAGAAAAAAAAUGCUUAGUUCGACUUUAUCUCUGAACUUACUGCAGAGUCGUAACUGUUGGGAAGCCCCAAUGGAGGCAGCAUGACCCGCUGGUUUGUUAUUGAAUCAUUCGUAUGAAACGCUUUGCAUGUCAUAUAAAAUAGAUGUGUGCCCCGUUACAUAUUUGAUUAAUUGAGGCUGCACAGCGAGUCGUUUGCAUUAUUUCAGUCAGAAAGAGCCGACUCCGUCCAGAUGUUAGAACAAUUUCGCUGUAAUUUUCUCAGCCGCAUCUCUUAUUAAAAUCUGCCGGGAUCGUUAUGAAUUAUACAACAGAUAACUCUGGCCGGGGCAAUCCGAUUUUCCCCCUCCCCCAAAAAAGGAAAAAACAUUCUUGAGCAGAAAUUACAACAUCAUUUGCAUAAAGCACUAAUGGAUGUGCUAGAUAGAAAAUGUAUUUAAAUGCUAACCAGUGAGCCUGCAGUGAGGAAGUUAUCCAUCUUUGCUGAAGUCUAGCAUUUGCUAAUCUCAUCUGGGAGCGCUGCGGCCAUAUACAUGAUGCACUGUUGUGUGAAAGUUAUGCGUUUUUUGUUUUUUUUUUGUUUUUACCUUUGGGGAUGUGUUGGGUAAUCUGAUAAUGCAAACUGCAGCGUUUGUUGCGGCUCCGCACCUUACCUUCUUUUGGAAACCUCAUGAGCCUAGAAAAGGAAUGCCCACUGGGACGAUGUUUCUAAAAUAAUAUGUGCUAAUGUGUAUUUAUCGAAGAAUAGGCUGACAUAAUGUCGCAUAAAACCACUGGGUAAUCUGCAUCUGAUAAUAGUAACCUGCCAUUACAUAACAGUGUCACAGACUCAACUCCCUGCUGCAGUGCAUGAUGCAUUUCGUUUCCAACUCCAGUACUUCUGCAUGAUUCUUAUUUUUAUAUUUUUUUAAAUCCUUUUUUUUAUAAAAAGAAAAAAAGAACAUGACAUUGGGUUGCAGCUCAAUAGUUCAAAUUCUCUUGCUGGGAAAAACAAAGGAUUAUUUUACAGAAAAAUGUUCAUCAUUCUCAUAAAUGGAGGCAAAGCCUUCAGUUUCUGAGCAUAAAUACUCCAGGUCAAUGCAGAAAAAAAACAUCUUGAAUGAAAAUACACUCAAAGACAUUUACUUCUAGAAUAGUGAUAUAUUUUCACUCUAGUGUUGUUUCUGUGUUGCUUUAAAGUGCACAUUUAUUUAUUUAUUUAGCUCAGUUUUUGUCAAUUAACCCAUCAGCGGCUCACAAAGUCUUUAGGUCAUUAUCUGGCUUUCUCAGAUUUCGAUUUCAUUUCAACUGAACAUUUUAAAAUGUGACACGGGAUGCAGCAAAAAACAUCAAUAACCAAUUUGCCACUAAUCUGAUGCAAAUUGGUAAAUGUUUAUUUAACAUUUACUUAUAUGUUUAUAUUUAAUAUGAAAAAAACCCUCAUGUACAUAUCUGACACAUCGUUGACUGUGAGAAGUCUGCAGAUUGCACUACAAAAUUGAUUCUUCUUUUAUUUUACUUUGAGCCUAUAAUAGUCACUAUAUUUUUGGGCGACAUUGUUAUUGAAAAGUUAUUGAUUUCAAUAACUCAGUUCACUAAGUGAAACAUAUUACUUCAAUAAGUGACGCACCUCGAUGAUUUAAGCCUUUAUUUCUACUAAUUAUGAUGAAAAAACACGUUUCAGAAUAAAAUAUUACAUGAGAGCAAUAAGAUGACGUUUUAAAUACAUAAAAGUGGGCUUAAUGUUUAAUACCUGCUUAAAGGUUAUUUUUAAAAGCCAAUUGUUUUAUUCUGACAAAUGACCGUCAUCAGAAAAACACAUAUUCUAAUAUGUUCAAUAUAAAGGUACAUGGGUAUUUAAAAUAUUUUACUGCAUUCCAUAAUUACAAGAAAUUGAAAACAACUAUUGUAGUUCUUGAAUAUUGGAAAUGUAAAAAUAAACAAGGACAAAGAUAAAAUGUUCAGGUCAGAAGAGAAAUAUUCACCAAAUGCAGCCAAGAAGGACUGAAUAAAAAGAUUGAGCUAAAGCUUUAUUCAAAACCUUUUAAUAAUUGGCAAAUGGAUGAGAGUUAAAAAUUUAUUGGGAAAUAUGUUGAAUUUUUAACCAUUCCUGUCAUUUUUUGGCGCAAAUUAAAACCCAAAAUAGAUGCUCUAUAAUUUAUGGCUAAACAGAAUUGCAUCACACAGUCCAGUCAUUUUGAGCCAAUUUAAAAUGUACAGUUUGCUGAAUCUAAAAUUACAGCUAAAGUAAUUUUCUGUGACUAAAAUAAGCAAUUCUCUGUAAUAUUUACUGUCUAGAUGAACAUUCAAUAUUCCCUGCAUGUUUUUGUUUUUUUUCUUCCCCUAUUUAAGGAGCUGCAAGGCGAGCUGAAAUGGACUCAGCGGAGGGAAAAGCCACGCUUCGGUUCCGUUGUCUCCAUUUUCAUUAAAUAUUAAGCUCGCAUAAAUAAACGGGGAUGUCUUCACAGAAGGGAGAACUUGUUUUGGUUUGGUGCCAGGUUUUUUUUUUUUUUUCUUUCUGCUUCUACAAGCGAUUGGGUUGCUGGGUAGAAGAAAAACCCAAGACGCAGGCGCCUUCAAACCACAAACAUGCUGAUCACGUUUAAGGAUGGCGAUCAAAGGGAGAUCAGUCGGCUAAUUUAAAUACUUUGAGGAUAAGAAUAUGUAGAAGAAGAUCAAAAUGUGAUCAAAACCAUUUCUGACAUAUCCUAAACCAUUUAAUAACCUCAUUACAUGUGAAUUUAUCACAGGCUUUUCUUUUGACAGAUCUGACGGAUUCCAGGGGAAACUACGGAGGAUGUUUCUGAUGCGCAGAAUUUUAGUUGAUGAUACACAGGUGAUAAAUGUAGUAAAGAAAUAUUAAUAACACAUAGAUAAUAAUAACAAAACUAUUCAUAACCGUUCAAAUAAAGUAUUUUAUUUCUUUUUUUUAUGCGAUGGGACAACAGAAAGUAGCGCAAAAAAAAAUGAAGUGGAAGGAAAAACUUUGAAAAGUUUUUUUUUAACUUUUCACCACAAAUACAGCAAAUCAAACCAAAUCCUCUACCUACGUUUCCUCUGCGUUAUGUUUCAACCAGACACUUUUGUCCCCCCAUAUCUCUUCUAAAAUAAAUCCUGAUCAAUCAGAUUAGGUGGAGAACACCCAGUCUGUUCCCCCGUGGGAAUUGGAUUUAGGUCGGGACUUUGACUAUGCCAUCCUAACUUAUGAAUAUAGCUUAAAACCCACUUUGUCGCAGCUGUGGCUUUAGGAUGGUUUUCAUGAUGUUUAAGUGUUUUAGGUUUCCAAAAGUUUUUCCUUCAGGGAUUGCGCCUCAUUUAGCUCCAUCCAUGUUCUCAUUAAAGGCUUCCCCACAGCAUUAUGCUGCCAUUGCCAAAUUUCACCAUGGAGAUGGUGUGUUCAGGGUUAGUGCUUUGCAUGGACGUUGCAAUGUGUAAAUAGUUGUUGCUUUCUCUCUGUUUUCUUCCAUGAAGGCCAAACUUGGGAUACAGUUCAAUAACCCAGCCCUGCUUCUCCAUAACACGAUGUUCUCUAAAUUAGGCAGCUCCUCUAAAGUAUUUGCUUUGGAUUUUAUUUGUGGUAAUCAGAGUAAAGAGGAAAAUGUGAAAACAAUUCCUAACCUUCCCACCACUUCAUUGUCACGCACCACUUUGUGCUGCUCUGCCAAAUAAAACCCCAAUCAAAGCGAAGUGAACUUCCUGUUUCUAACAUGACUCUUGUCGGGGUGUGGCAGCUUUUUGUGCAUCGUGUUUGGCGAGAACACGCACGGCGGCACUUUGUCCAUCUGUUUUUAAAGAACAGGUGUGCAUCAGGAACAGCUGAGUUUGGAAUGUGAGGCUGAUUGACGGCGGCGCACGGCAGCGUUAGAGGCUUAUUUUCUGCCCGCUCUGGUCAAAUUGCUUUAAGAAAAUGAAACCCGACUAAACGCUCUCGGAGCCGAUGGAUUGAGACAGGAAUGUAAUCUCAAUCCAUCUGACUAAUUACUGCUGCCGAAAAUGCAGAAACGGCAGAUUGGAGGCAUUACUUGUUGCAGGUUUUAAUAUAAAUUGAAAGAAAUUGAAAACAACUAUUGUGCAGUUGAAACAAAGUCAUAUUAUUAUUACUAUUAUUUAAAUUGUUUCCGUGGCGGUGGCCGCCUUCACACUUUGACUCGUUUGGAUUAAUUAACACUCAUUUAGUUUCUCAGCUAAACGCGUUUGGCCGUCCCACAGACUCGACUCCCACACAUUAGGGAUUCACUCUUGGUGUUCCAGCAGCACUCGCUGUAUUGACCCCUGACACGAACAUCUUACUAUGCAACCACUCCUGACUAACAGCCCCUGACUAUAGCCAGGCUAUUAUUUCCCCUCUGCUUCCAGCCGGAGUGAUGAGCUCCGGCGUUGGACUUCCAGGACUAAAGUCUUUCAAACGUGUCCUGAUUUUUCACCUUCUGACGGAAGGAAGCUUGUUUUAUAUAUAUAUACACACAUAUAAAAAACUAAUUUUCUCAAGCUGAUAUGACAUGAUUUCAUUGAGCAUGUGAAACGGUUUUAACGGCAGUGAUUGUAAAUGAGAUGUUUUUUUUUUUUUUUGUGAUGAGAGGAUUUUGAGUCUCACAAUGACAGCUUUAAGAUGAAAACCCCGAGUCAGGGGGUCGAAACUGUAUAUCUUUGAAUGUUAGAACUUGAAAUGAAAACAUGAACUUUUAUGAACAUUAAGGAGGCGAUGUUUUCCCUCUUUUCUUUGUCCUGAACCAGCUGAGAGCCUAUUUAUUUUUUACAAGAUGUUUCUCUUGUACUUUGAAAAAGGAAAAAAAAAAUGUGAAAGAUAUUCUUUACACUUGUUUUGUUUCACCACUGACACAGAUGAAUGAAAUGGUUUGUGAACUUUUUCUCUUAUAUUAUCACUUUGACUGUAUUUUCAUGUUAUGUUAGUAGGACACUGGCAUUUUGCUUCUGUCGGAUUCUAAUGAAAUCGCGUCGUUUUUAAUUGUAAAACUAGCAUUUGGUUUUUAGCUGAAAACUCGAGAUUGCGUCACUAUUUAGAGUCUAAAAAAGCCCGGAAACAGAUUGUGGGGGCCGGGGGAGUCAUCUCCUGCACUCUUGUUUGAAGGCCAUAAAUAUUUGACAAUUCAGAUCCUUAAAAGCAAUAUGUAGCUCUGCGCUUUGACAUUUAGACACACACCUUGUGAUGGAAAUGCUUAAACUACUGCACUAACCCAUCUCAUCGACCCUCACGUUACCUUGGAGAAGCAUGCAAACUCGUGCCUUUGUAUUAAUGUUCCCCCCUCUAAGCCCCGACUCCUUUUCCAGCCUGCAGACAGAAAAGCGGCGUUCAUGAUCCAUAUUACUGUCGCUCCACUGAAAUCAUUUGAACAAAGAUCUAUUUUUGUGGUCAGCUCUAGAAAGCUGCCAAAAAAGAAGAAGAAGAUACGGAUAUAAACAUAUGCACAAGUUAUAAAGCAAUGAUAGGAUUCUAUAUAAAGAGCAAAGUCUGAGUUUGGUGUAUGUAUUAUGCACAUGCCUCUAUGUUAACACGUCCUGUGUUGGGAGAUGUACUAUUUCAAGCACAAUGGGAGCUCUUUGUUAUGAAAUGUGACAUACUGUGCUCUUCAUAAUAAAUAUUUUAUACAUA